ACUAUCAUCGUAACGUCCAAAAUCUUAAUGAUGAAAAAUGCCUCCUUGCUUCGACCUUCACCCAUUCAUCGCCUAUCGCUGACGCCUCAUUCCGCAUGGGCGUAACAAUAUAUUGUUUAUUACCUUGUAUUUAUCAACAUAAAGUUGGUUUAUUAAUUUGCAUUGAUAUCAAAGGUAGACAAAUAAGUAGCCGCUGAAUUUGUUAUUGGUUGUAAAUCACCUUGUUGGGAAAUGUGGAGAAUUGACUGUGAACCUGCAUGUGUUUGCAAUUCAAAAUUUGGAUUCUGAUCAGGAACUGGGCUAGUUAUUAUUAGUAAAACGCACACUGGUUGAAUCCAUCACUUGGUGAGAAACAGUUAAAUUUUCCAUCUCUGCCAGAAAUAAUGCUUCAUUAAUUAUUUUUCCGCAAGAAUACGUUGAUUUUUCGUGAGAUCUCGCAGCUUAAGUGCGACGUUUGCUCCAAAAAUAUCGAAUCGAUCAUUACUAAUUGCUGGCCUUUUGAAAUGGUUUUGAACAGACUGUAAAACUUCAGUAGUAAGGUUUUCAUUUGCAUUCCUUUUUGGCCGACCCCUAUUAAAUGAUGUGUUUGCAAUCGAACGAGUCUCUGAAGUAGACUGUGUGGCUGAUGAUGACUGUGAAGUUGACUGUGUUGCUGUCGAUGACUGUGAAGUUGACUGUGUGGCUGGAGAUUGGAGAUGGCUGCGCGUCACUUUCCGUCUCCUGAAACAUUUUUUUUACAGUUCCCACGCUCGGAAGAAGAAUGGAAGGAUGUGGCCAAAGUGUUUGAAAAGAGAUGAAAUUGUCCACAUUGUCUUGGCGCAGUGGACGGUAAACACACCGAUUUUUCUCCCGGCUGGAUGUGGCUCGGAGUAUUUCAACUACAAAAACCAACAUAGCGUGUUAUUGGCAAUCGUUGAAGGAAAUUAUUGAUUCCUUUUAUAUGAUUUUGGGACUAAUGGAAGAAUUUAGGAUGGAGGAGUACUCGCAAACACUAAGUUUUUCGAAAAACUUGAUAAUAAUCAGUUGUGUAUUCCAAACGAUACAGUGGUCGCAAAUAGCACUAGAAAGUUGCCUCAUGUAUUUGUUGGUGAUGAUGCGUUUCCACUUAUGACAGAUUUAAUUAAACCAUUUAGGCAAGCAGACUUGACGACAAAUAAAAACAAAAUUCUAAAUUACCGUGUACCACGAGCACGGCGCAUUGUCGAAAAUGCAUUUGGGAUAUUUGCAUCUCGAUUUAGAAUUUUUCACAUGAAAAUUAGUAUUGACCCGAAGAGAAUAGAGUCUGUCGUGAUGGCCAGUUGUGCUUUACAUAAUUAUUUAAAGAAAACGGCAGAAAAUUCUUACUGUCAACCUGAAUGCUUUGACAAAGAAAACGUUGAUGAAGGUUCGACAACUCAAGGAUAUGAUUCAAUGGAUUUAGCCAUGGUUAAUUUGCAAAGAACAAUUCGUGGUAAUACGUCAACAACUGUAGCAAAAAAGUCAGAGAAGAUUAUAUGGAAUACUUUGCAAAUGAAGGCAGCGUUCCGUGGCAAAAUAAUUUUAUACCUGAACUCAUUUUAUAGUGAAACAUUAAACUUUGAGAAUAAAACAUUAAAUAAAAAAAUAUAGAUAUAGUUUUAUUUAACACCAGUGAUCAUGUAAAAUCGUAAGGCCGACCUUCCUGGGACACCCUGUAUACAGGGUGCCCAGAAAAAUGUGAACAAAAACCCAAUGGGGCGGUUCUCCUUGAUAAAAUAAUGCUGGUUCUUUAGUUACAUGUCAAAAUCUCAAUGGCUAGAUACAGGGUGGCAAGUUUUAAAUUUUUUUGUAGUAAUUUCUGAACUUAACAGCAUUAUUUUACCAAGAGGAACCACCCCAUUAGGUGUUUGCCCACAUUUUUCGGAUACCCUGUAUAUUUAUAAUAUGUGUAAAAUACCAGUAAUACCAUAGUUUUGGUAUAUAAAUUUCUUGAGUUCCCGCUCCUGACUUCUUCGAAUCAGCGAUCUUUUUGCGUUCUUUUUUGUAUGUAGAGCGAAUGUUAUUAAUUUUUUUUACAACAGCGUCUUUGUCAGCAUUAGGGUCUACUAUUUUCAAUUUAUCAACUAACUUAGCAUACGCCGAACAUUUUAAGUCUCGAGUGUGAUACUCUUUGUGUUUAAUAUUACAAAGACAAGGUUCACUGCGAUACAACUCAAUAAAUUGUUCUAGCCAUUGGCGAUUAGUCUGAGACGCCAUGACACGCGCACACACAUCCAAUCGACCUGCGACCGCAGACAAAACUGAACGCCAUUAAACGAAAACUGAACUGAGCUCAUACACGCUAAAGGUUCGUGUACAUUAGCAAUACUAUUGCGACAUUUAUUGCUACAUAAACUUGCCCGACUGUUUACCCUACGGCAUUUUUUUCUCGCAAAUUAUUUCAGCAACUGGUCUCGAGAGAAAAUGUCGGGUUUUUUGCGAAAAAUAUGUCUUGUAUGUUUACACUUAUAUUGUAACCCUUGCUCUGUCUGUACAAAAGUAUUUCAUCGCAUUCGUGAGUAUAUUAUUGAAAAUGUCUGCCCCACAAACUAGAUAUGCAGCUGCAUAUACAGUCUUAUGUUUGUUAAAGAAAAAAACUAAGAAAAAAAGUGAAUAUAGGCAAGAGAAUGGGUACUAAGACGGUGUAAUCUCGGAAUGCACGAAACAUUGUUGUCCGAAUUGAGAAUAGAAGACCCUUCGUAACUUGACAAUUUUUUGCGAAUGUCAAAGACUGAUUUUGACCAUCUUUUAAAAUUAGUUGGACCACGCAUCAGCAAACGUGAUGCACAAAUGCGUUGUGCUAUUACCGCUAGUGAACGGCUCUGUUUGACAUUAAGAUUUUUAGCAACAAGUAAGGACAUAAUAUUAUCCAGAUUAUCAAAUAUAUAUUUAUUAAACGAUAUGUUCAGGAUAUUAUAUCAAAUAUAUUUUUACAUGUAGCCUCAUUCAGCGUAAUUGUUGCAGGUGAUUCAUAUCAUUCGUUAAUGUACUUAUUCCGAAUCCCUGUAUGUACAAUUGCGGCGAUUGUUCCUGAGUGUUGUAGUGCAUUGUUCGAUGUUCUAAAAAAGAAAUAUUUAUAGGUAAGAUUUUUUACUAACAUGUUUUGUUCAAUUUUCUGUCUGAAUAUGACUCCGAUUAAGUUCUAUACAAUUUUGAUAGGUUUAUUUGUCAAAAUUGCAGCUCUUCAGCGGUAACGGUUUAUUUAAUUAACAAAUAUACAUACACAUUAUCUUCUUGUGUAUUUGCUACAAAUGACGUAUAACACGAUGGAGCCGAUUGGGGUCUAGAUGAUGAGCAUGAAGAGUUACAACUUGUCCGCGGAGAAGAAACAUCGAGUUCUGAAAAUUGAACUAUAGCACGCUGAAUGAUUAAUUUUAGUUGACGUUGGUAUUCGGGUGAUUUUAAAUUUCUAAUUUUACUUGCAACAAAAUCUCCAAAAAUUUGGAACUCAUCUAUAGGUUUAGACAUUAAAGUAGCUGCCCUUUUCAACAGAACAUCUUGCUCUAUUUCAUUUUUCUUACAGUGUCCUCGCUUUUUCUUUUUCUCUGGCUGUAUAUUUUUGACAACAUUGUUCAUUUCUUCAGCAUUAUUCGAAUUAUCAUAUCCUUCCGUUGACGUUUCCGUCUGUUGUUCCUAAAAUAAAUACACGUGUGUUUUUAUUUUCAGACUCCAUCAUCACCUGAAGAAUGGCUACAACAUUCAAAAUUAUUUGAAGACCUAUUAAAUUUUCCACACUGUGUGGGAGCCCUAAACGGAAAGCAUAUAACUAUAAAGGCACCACCUAAUAGCGGAAGUUUUUUCUAUAACUAUAAAGGGUAUAACAGUAUCGUACUUGGCAUUGGCAUUGCCUGAUGCCACAUCUAAAUUUUUGUAUCUUGACAUAGGAUGCAACGGACGGCAGGCUUAUUACCUAACUUCCAACCGACCGUCAACCGACUCAAGUUGGUCGAUAGUUGCUGUCAAACGCAAAUUUCGUAUUAUGUAUCAGUCAGUGCGUCGCAGUCGCCGACUGGCUACGGUGGCGCCUCUAUGGAGCAACUGGUGAACGAAAAGUGCAUUCUUUUGUUAGGAGUAUCAAAAAAUUGGUAUUCCCUAACUGAUUGACAGCGACCCAACAGCAACUUACUAGCGAUUUGAACUGUCAAAUUAACAACUGCUCUGUGGUAGUCGACUAGUCGGUCGCUAGUCGGUUGCUAGUGUUUUGUUUGGAUAACAUUGUCAAAUUUAUUCAUUUUUUUAACAAGAAAGGUAAGUAUAACAAGUUCAAAUAAGGAAUAAAAUAGCUUGACGAGUCUAAGAAGUGAUUGUAUGCUCCAAAUUUGUAUUUUCAGCAAUUUUGAAUCGCGAUGGCUCGUGCAUUGUUGCUCAUGGAAGCAAUGGAUAGUGAAAGAAGAGUCCAAACUGCUCGCCUACGGCGUAAUCUUCGUGAACAAGUCAGGGGAUUAGAUAUAUCUGCAGACGAAUUUAGAGCACACUACAGGGUCACAAAGGAGCUAUUCUUGCAGUUAUGCGAUGAACUAUCACCCUACUUUCCUCGUUCGCGAAGGAGAUCAGCAAUAACUGAAGAGUCCAAAGUAAGUGAGGUCAUAUGGAAAAAAUCGCCUUAAGCUUGUAGUGGAGCAUUGCACAUCUAAUAUUUUUCAGCAUGUAAGCGUUGAACUUUAUAAUGAUAACAAAAGCCUUCUUCCAGCUUCCUACACAGUGUAUAGAAAUACAUUAUUUUAGGUAUUAACAGCACUUUCAGUGCUGGCCACUGGAUCGUACCAGAAACCUAUUGGCAUGGGUUACCUACAUGGGCUCAGUCAACCCAGUGUAUCGAAAGCACUAAUGGAAGUGGUGAAUGCAUUCAAUCAUCCAGACAUUUUAAAAAAGCAUAUUUACUUCCCUCAAACACCACAAGAGAGACGUGCUAUAAUUAAUGGAUUUUCAAAUAAAUUUGAAUUUCCUGGUUGUCUGGGAUGCAUUGAUUGUACUCAUGUAGCUCUGGUACGACCAAAUGAAAAUGAGGAAAGAUUUUUCAAUCGAAAACACUAUCACUCCAGAAAUGUGCAAAUAAUAUGUGAUAGCGAUCUGAACAUUUUAGACAUUGAUGCCUCAUUUGGUGGAGCUACACAUGAUGCCCAUAUUUGGAAAAACUCUCAUGCAUAUAGACACUUGAGAGAGCUUGCCAGCCAUGGUGAAAGAUUUUGGUUGCUUGGUGACUCGGGAUAUCCGUUAAGACCCUGGCUCCUAACACCCAUUAUAAAUGCAGAACCUGGUACUGCAGAAGAACAUUACACUAAUAUGCAUUGCCUUACCAGGAAUACUGUAGAGCGAUGCAUAGGAGUAUUAAAAGCAAGGUGGCGUUGUCUUCUGGUACAUAGGGUAUUACAUUAUGAUCACCAUAUGGUGGCAAAAAUGAUAAAUGCUUGUGCUGUGUUGCAUACCAUCUGCAACAGACAUAAUGUACCAUUUUCAGAGUUACCAAUGGAAGCCAUCCAUGAGGAAUUGAAUCUCCAAAUACCCUUACAAGCACAAGUCAUGGUUGGUACUGGUGCUCAAGGAUCAGCAUUGUUGGAGAGGGGUCGCCAACAACGGACUAACAUUGUGCAACGCUUGAGGAGUGCCUCAUGAGUGUAAAUGUGUGUCUUCUCCAUUAUUUUGUUUUUAUUAGCUACUGUAUGAAAUACUCCAAAUUUUCAAUCACUGUCAAAAAAGUCCAAAGUUUUUAGAAUUAGUUUUUUGGGAAGGUUUAUUUUUACCUGUUCAUGUUUUUCAAUAUCUAUUAUAGCAUUGUUAAGCAUUGAUUCUAAAUACAAUCGUAAAAAUAAAAAAAUCUCUUUAUCUGUUUCAUAAUCCUCAAACCCAAAUAUCAGAAAAAACACUCCUGCUUUUUUUGUAAUGACACCACUAUUUUCUUUUCGUCAAUUGUAAAGCAAUUACAAUUCUAAAUACAAUAAAAUAAUCUUGUAAACCUGUUGAAACUUCCUAUCAUAUUUGGAAUUAUAAAUGAUUUUCGGUUUGACUACAAAAAAUGGUCAGGGGUGAUUGUUAGGAAAUGAUUUAAGAGAGAUGGUUUUGGAACAAUCCAGUAAAUUGGCUUGUGCAAAUCUUCUAUAAAAUGUCUAAAAUCACGUAGUACAAAGGAACAAUAAUCAUGAAAAUACUUUAUUUUUUCAGAAUUUCUAAUAGUUUAGAUAUGUUUGACGACAUUUCUUGAGUGACUUUCAUCUGCAUCAGUGCCACUUCUGCCUGCAUGCGACUUGCUUCUGCCUGCAUGCGACUUGCUUCUGCCUGUAUCCGGCUUGCUUCUGCCAUCACCAGUGCUGCACUGCCAAGUUUUCCCUCAGCUUCAACCCUCUUUUCUUCCAACUCAAUGACCCAGUCAUUACUGACUCUCUUACGAUAUCCUAACGAAAAAACAAAAUAGGUACAGCUGCCUAACUUAUGAGCUAUAAGAGGAUUAUGCAAGAAAUUAUAUUUUUUCAAACAGUUUACUGCGAGUUGGAUUACAUCAGACCUGUUUUUUCUUCCAUGAACUGUAAUAGAAGAAAUUUUUUUUGUCAACUUCAAUUGAUUUCAUUGAUUUAUCUUUUUUAAAAGUACUGGACAGAAUGACUUUAAUAUUAACCAACUACCGCAAGAUAAUUACAAAGGUCAAAGCUUGACCUAAGACCAUGUAGACUGUAACAUGACAGGCAGUUAUAGCAUGUACUCACUUGGGCUUACACGUCUUUUCUUUGUAGGGCGUCGUGAAAGAGGACUUGAUGCACCUAGGGAAAAUAAAAAUCUAUAUAACUCAUGCACAAAAGGAAUUACAAUUAAACUCCAGAUUAAAAAAGUUUGUUAUUUAUAAAACUCAUAAUAUGCUGUUAUAUCGUUUUAAUGGUUAAGCUGGUAAUUGUGUUGCCUUUGUCAGUAUUGAAAAAUGUAUUGUACCAAAGCAUAUCUUUGUAUUUUCCAACAAAAUUUUAAAUAAAAAGUACUAACUAGAUGGCGUUUCUCUUUUCGAUUCCAUUUCUGGUGCUGGCUGAACAGCUGAUGUUGAAGGACAUGGUUCUGAAAAUCAAAAAGGUCUCAAUUAAUCAUAAACAUUUGUCUACAAGAAUUACACUAUACUCAAAAAAAAAAUUAUAUCGAGACAAAUAAAUGGAAAACCCGUAGGUAAAGAAAAAAUACAAAAUGCUCAACACAAUAUGCUGUCGUUUUUUUUUUGUCU